AUGGCGGACGGCAAUGGACUGCCUGCCUACAUUCGCGAACUUGCUGAGAAGCAAGGAGCUAAACUGCCUGGUGAUAUUGCCGGUCAAAUCGGAUCCUUCAGUGUUGUUCCUCCGGAACUGCAAACAGCAUACCAAAAUGCAGAUUACGCCACCAUUCAAUCUUACAUGGACAAAGCAACGCAAGAUUUGCUCCCGAUAUAUGCCGCGAUACACGAUAAUGGAGAUGGCGCGUUUACCAAGACCAAGCCACCCCCCAACGACCCGGAUAAUUACUGGUACCUUGCAUGGGCAGGAGAUUCCCAAAGCCCUGAUGCUUUGAUCUGGUGCACGACCUUUCCUUUGAGCUCGACAGAUGCUCGUGUAGGCGACCAGACCAACAGGGUUGCUCAAGUCGGGACCUGGUCCAAGAACUCCAAUACAUGGGGCAUCUCCAAUCAGAUUUGGUCCAGCUCCGAAGCUGCACUCGCCGCAGGCGGCGUGGCCACGAUUGUGUUGAAAGCUGUUUUCAAAUACGUCCGCAAUCGGCUCCGGGGUAUGCUAGCUCAACAGGCUGCGCAACAAGCGGUUGGUGAGGCGGGCGAAGAAGUUGUAGCAGCAGGUAUCGUCGAAGAGGCGACUUGGGUCACGAUCACAUCAUUUGUUGGUGGCCUCGUUGUCGGGGCCGUCAUAGGUGCCAUUGCAUAUUAUCUCGUAAUGUGGAUCAUCAACUUUCUUGUCAAAGCUUACAAACUCUGCAUCAGCAUCUACAACUGGGACACCGAGCACGCCUUCAACCUUGUUCAGGAGUUUGGGAGCAAUGAGACGCCAGACGGUAACAUGACUCUUCCCUACAAAUUGGAAGCCGCCGUCACGUCUGUCAUCGGUCCGGGGGGGAUCCCAAUCCCUGUCGACCCCACGUAUGAGUAUAUGGUUCUAGUCUUCGACAAUGUUGACGAGUUCAUGAACGGGCUCGGUGUCGCCCUCCGGCUGCAGACUACCGACAAUACCACAGGACUUCAGUUGAAAUAUCUCCUAUCGUACUUUCAUGACAACAACAUCGGCCUCCAAGGUGGUACAAACGAGGCCCUCCCUGACUUCUAUAACGACAACAGCACAUGGCGCCCGACAGGGGACACCAAGUUCAGCACGACCAUUCCAGGUAUCAAUGUGCCGAUUUCCUGCUCAACUCCUGCCCUCAGUGGCGCCAGCGAUGAUUUCUACGCAUUCGAUGUACAUAUUGGACUGAAGCCUGGUGACGAUUUUGGAAAGCCUCGUCCUGCUCUACCUCCAAGACGACGCUUUGAGCGCCCGAACCCCAUCCCCAAGCCAAAACCUGGUGAUAUUGUGUCGCUCCCUAAUGGCGGGAAGGUGGAAGUUGGGGAGUGA